UCCCCGUAGAAUUGUCCCAGAUGACGACUCUGGGAUGUGGCGCCUCACACCUUUGACUUCAGGCUGGUUCCUUGAAGCUCAAGGCGGGCGGACAGCAUUUUUUGCUGGUGAUGAUUUGAUAUAAUAACAUGUCAAAAGCAUGAUGAUUGUCAACUUUCCGCGGCAAUCGUGCGAUAUUCCAAGGCAAUAUUAUAUUUGUGCCUCGAACGGGUUUCGAGGCUGUUGCUCGACAGAUCCAUGUGCGUUACCGGCAUGUCCGGAUUUUGGACCAGUGUCAAGCACGGAGUCUACUCCAAGAGCGAGUGAUUUGAACCCUGGAAGGGCAACCAGCACAAGUACAACGACAACGACAACUACUAUACUGACGACUACGACGACAACAAAUACUUUGACGACUGAACAGAGUGCAACGAGUACAAGCACCACAAGCCGGGAGAAGCCAGCUCAAUCAAGCAAAAUAGAAAGCACAUCGUCAUUAUUGUCUCUGCCGCCUCCCACACUUACAAAGACAAGCAGAUCUGCAUCUACAGCACUUCCUGCCUUUGUUACGUCUAGACCAUCCUCACAACAGACAGUGACACAAUCAUCUUCGGAAAGCCAUUUCCCGAGAAGCACCACUACAACAGUUGUCAUUGUCACUGGAUCACCAUCGUCAGCUGCACCAUCCGUAUCGAGUUUGCCUCAUGCAUCGAACGGAUCAAGUGCCAGUCCCUCCAAAGUUCCUGUGGUGGUAGGCUCUGUUAGCGGUGCAGCAUUCGCGGUAAUUUUACUUGCUUUGCUAUGGUUAUGUCGACGACGGAGAAACGAGCGUCGAAGUCGUACCAGUUUCCAGGCACUUGAAAGCGAUCCCCGACAUGAAGGCAUCGACGCUAAUCGCGCUGGAGAACUCCUCACGAACCAAGAUGGUAAGGGUAUUCCCAGUUUACUUAGUUGACACAGCCUUCCGAAACAGGGGCGGCAGGGAAUCUGACUCUGACAAGCAUUAGAUUUCUUCUGCAGCAAUCGAAGCAAUAAUGGCUUUCAGACGUCCAAAAUA